AUUACAUGAUUUUAAUGAUUUUCACAUGAAUCCAUUCUAUAUGAAUAUGUUGAUUUUGAAAUCAAGCUUUGAAGAUUAUGCAUGCAUUAUGAAUUGAAGAAACUAUGUUUUAAGGAUGCUUUCGAACAAAGUGUCAAUAUGAUUUCUUGUGAAACUAGGUUGCUUUCGAAUGAAGUAUUCUCAUUACGAAAGAUUAUUAUGAUUUAGCCACUUCGGAUUGAUGUGUGAUUUUACUAUGAAAAGACUAUCAUGAUUUAUAUGGUUUUGAUUAAGUGUACUUUAUGCAUUGAUUAUGUUAUGAAUCAUGAUAUUUUCAAAGGAGCUAGUCUUAUGAUUUUGAGUCUUUAUGAUUAACUUGGUAAUACUAUAUUCUUACCAUUUCAAAAACUAUGAAAUAUGUUAUGUAUUUCCUAUAAGACCCUGACUUUUCGAAAUGUCUAAAUUAGCUCAUACCUUCGUGGAAAGACAAAAGAGUGAUUAAUAUAUUAAAAAUUAUGUGGUAUGUCACAUAUUAAGUGUUCAAGGUUUGUAUUUUAAGUUUUGAAGUGUAGCGGAUUAUAAAAUAAAAGUUGGCGAAAAUUAUCGUAAGUUCCUUUAUAAAGAAUUCUUUGAAAUUUGGGUCAAAUGUCUCAGAGGUUUUCUCCUAAUAGAUAAAGAGUUGUGGGACUCAUGAAUAUCAAAUCUAAGGUCUAUGAGUCUAGUUUCCAGCGUAUCAAACCGUUCAUUAAUACGACUUUAGAAUAGAGAGAUAUUCACAUUUUCGUGAGACUGCACAAAAAGGCACGUGAAGCGAGCCCCCUAGGUUGGUGGAACUUUAUAUAUAUCUUCUACUUCAUUUGUUCAUUAUUUUUAGUAAUAAGCCAGAAAAAAUUUCAAACCAAUUUCUAGGAUCACUCUAAUUUGUAAUUUUCUUGACCUAAGUCCUUGAUGGAAGUUGUUCUACUCAUUGAGCGAUUCAUCGUUGUAUAAUUUGUUUUGUCGAUUUCAUUGUGUAUCACACUUUGGUGUUGGGGAAGCAUGGUUUUGGCCUUUAUUUUAAGGGUUCUAGGUGUAUUACGAGCUUAAGAUCAAGGUAAGACCCUUCUUUUAUUGUUUCUAGCUAUGGUAAGUCGCAAAUAGUAAUUUGCAAUAUAAAUUCAUAUAUUUUGUCGGAUUAUCAUGGUAUCUUCUAUUCUUGCAUGUUGAUUAUGAUAUUGCCUUGUUGUAGUAGAAAGGAGGUUCAUUAACAUUUCCAUAGGCUGCUGGAGAUAAUUAAAAAAGGUAUGUUAAUGCUAUUUCUUUCCUUCGACAUGAUUUCUUAAAGCUUAGCGGCAAUAUGAGAAGGCUGCUGGAAAUAAUUAAAAAAGGUAUGUUAAGUCAUGUUUUCAUACUCAGUACAUUGAGCCUAUUUGGAUGGGCUUAUAAGUUGGUCAAACCAACUUAUAAGCCCUUUUUAGCUUUAAGUGGUGUUUGCCUAAUACUAACUUUAAGUCAUAAAAUUCUUAAAGUCAGCCAAAAAUGAAAAGUUAGGAUUCCUAACUUUUUUUUCCUAAGUGCUUAAAGCCAUUUUCUUUGACCAUUAAAAUUACUUUUAUAUCCCUUAUAUUUUAACUAAAUUCCCAAACUAACAUUUUUAUUCUUUUAACCCUAAAAUUCACAUCAUUUUCCUCAUUUCUUCCGCUGAAGCACCAUGAAUAGAGACACCAAUAGCUAUGGAAAUUCUGACAGUGGAGACGAGCUUGAUGCUCCACGAGCUUGAUACUCUCACAACUGCCAUUGUUGAAGCUGCUGACAUAUUGUGAAAUCUGAUUUUGCUUUGGUUUCUAACAAUUUUCUCUUUUGUCGAUCUUGAGAUUUCUUCAGUUUGGGUGAGAGAGAGAGAAUGAGAUUAAAGAGAAGAUGGAGACAAACGUUUGGAAUUCACUCACCAACAAGAUCCCUCUGCUUCUUCCUCUUUCACUCCACAAUCUCUCCAUUGUAGAUCUCAAAAAUCCCCUUGUGAGAAAUGUAGUAGAGCGUACAUUUGGCGUUGGGGAAGCAAGAUGGUCUAUUUUGAGAGACAUGCCAUACUAUCACAUUGACACACAAAGGGACAUCGUACUUGCUACUAUGACCAUUCACAAUUAUAUUAGAAAGAAAUGCAAUGUGGAUGAUGCAUUCCAAACAGUCGAGAAUGAGAGCUAUAUUCCAUCGGUUGAUUCUAAUGAUAUUGGCACGACUUCAAGAGCUAACAAUGUAGAUGUCGAAGAUGUAGGAGAACAAAAUGAUGUCUAUUGGAUAGGGUUUCAUGAUAUGAUUGCUAGUAAUAUUUCUACUGCUUGAUGCCUGUAUUAUAUGAAUAUUUUCCACUUCUUGUAUUUAUAGUGGAGUGGUUUCGGUUGAAAAUAUUUUUAGAUAUGAUCACCAAUAUUCUUGGCCACAUUUUUGACCUCGCAAAAAAAUUUAUUCGA